AUGGGUUUCGCGCUCGCUGGCCGCAGUAUACUCUGGGGUGGACCUUCGACUGGUGGACCACACGUUUCACAGUUGACGAUGGGUGAUACAUCUCUGGAUCCCAUCGAAGAAGGGUUGAAAGCCUUGAUCCAAUCUAAUACGGGAUUGUUCUUAGGUCCUAUUCUCAUAGGGUUCAUAGCAGAUAUGGUUCUAUUCGGCGUUAUGACAGCUCAACUUAUCCGUUGGACAUCUUAUGCUAUUGAAGAUCGAUGGUUUAUCAAGGUUAUUGUAGGAUGGUGUGCAUUGUUCGGCACAAUAGCUUCCAUUUUUAAUUUGGCAUAUGUACAUCAUAUUUUCGUGAAUCACUUCGGGACUUUCCGUACUAUUGCAGCAACAGAUUUGAGCUCUUGGCUUGGUAUUAUAGCAUCAUUGACUUCAGCUGGCGUACAGCUUUUCUAUUGCGAUAGAGCUUAUAGGCUUUCUGGACAAAGCAAAAUACUAGCAGGUGUGAUUUUCUAUUUCAUACUGUGUUCCAUCGUUGGAGGUAUAGGAAGUAAGAUCACUUCUAAUGGGUCAUCUGACCCCGCUUCGGUCCGUAUGGCUACCAUUUUCAUCUAUUUAUACACCUCAGGGGCCAUGGAUGCGGAUAUAAUCAUAACUGUUUCGAUCAUGUGGUGUUUGUCCAAAUCGAGAUCUGGUUUCGUUCAAACUGAUCAACUGGUCAAUAAACUACUCACGAUUUCUGCUGAAACUCAACUUCCCCCUACUCUCAUGGCAACUUCAUUCUCGAUUAUUUUCGCAUAUAAAACUACAAAAGCUGCAGCUCAUCCUGAUCAAGUAAUUAUUGACGUCACUUCAAACCUAACUGGAUUUUUCAUGCAAGUCUUUCUCUCCUCGACCUCGUAG